UAAAAAAUGAAGUUUGAGAAUGUGCUGGCAGAGGUAGAUGGCUUCGGGAAAUUCCAGAUAUGGUUGAUCUUCAUGAUGGUGAUUCCGCGUAUGACUUUGCCUUUUCACUUCUUGAUGAACAACUUCAUCGCGGCCGUGCCCUCUCACCGCUGCGACAUCAGCUCGCUGGAUGACGGAGGGAUCUUUGGGAAUUUGUCCCAGACGGAGAAGCUUGCCGUUGGUGUUCCGGUGCAGGAGGAUGGGACUCCGAGCUCCUGUCAGAUGUUCACAGAGCCGCAGUAUCACCUGCUGCUCAACUCCUCCAACGUUACCGACCUUCCCACGGUGUCAUGUCAGAACGGAUGGGUGUACGAUCACAGCACCUUCAAGUCCACUCUGGCCACAGAGUGGGAUCUGGUUUGUGAUAACAGAAGAAUGAACAGAGCCACAAUCACAAUCUUUUUCCUGGGCGUCAUGCUCGGAGCUGCAAUAUUUGGAUAUCUCAGUGACAGGUUUGGCAGGAGAAAAGCACUUCUGAUGUCUUACAUCACGACCACAAUCUUUGCAUUUGCAAGUGCUUUCUCGCAUCAUUUCACCUUGUUUGCUGCUAUGAGGUUUUUUACUGGAGUUGGACUUUCUGGAAUAAGUAUAAUCAGCACUGUCCUUUGCAUUGAAUGGGUGGACAUCAAGCAUCGAACUGCAGUGGCCAUUUUAAUGAGCAUGGACUGGACUGUCUGUGCUGCUCUACUACCGAUUGUAGCCUAUUUUGUGACUGACUGGAGACACCUGAUUGCCACGUUAAGCACCCCACUGUUUCUGGCAAUCAUCUGUUGGUGGUGGCUCCCUGAGUCUGCCAGGUGGCUUAUAAGCAACGGGAAGGUCGACAGUGCUCAUUUCUACCUGAGCAAGUGUGCAAAGUUCAACCACAGAGAGCAGUUCAUGGCAGACCUAAAGCCUGAGUUUCUGUCCAAAGUGAUAUUUGUAGAAAAUGAAAACAGAAAAUAUUCCUAUCUGGACCUUGUGAAGACUCCCAGAAUGAGGAGGCUGGCUCUACUCACUGGCAUUGUGUGGUUUGGAGUGGCCUGUACUUACUAUGGAAUCAGCUUGAAUGUCAUCGGAUUUGGUGUGAACAUUUAUCUCACCCAGUUCAUCUAUGGUGCAAUUGAAAUCCCAGCGAAAUUCAUCAUCUUUUUCACCUUGGACAAAAUUGGUCGAAGAAUAAAUCAGGCCGGAGCCCUUUUUCUGACCGGACUGUGCAUAUUCUGCAGCAUGCUUAUACCUCAAGAGAUGGGGCUGUAUGGGACAGCUGUAGGAGCUUUGGGCAAGAUGUUUGCAGAGGCAUCUUUUACGACUGUAUAUCUGUACACAACAGAGCUGUAUCCCACAGUCCUCAGACAAAAUGGAUUAGGUUACAGCUCCUGCAUGGCACGUUUGGGUGUGUCUAUAUGCCCAUUGAUCUCACUUCUGGAAGAAGUGUGGCUCCCUUUCCCGAGUACCGUCUUCUUCCUGACGGCUUUUACUGCAGGUUUUUCAGCUUUGUUUCUUCCUGAGACAAAAAACAUCCGUCUACCAGAGACUGUUGAGGAUGUGGAGCAGAUGAGAAGGCGCUCAAUCUCCACGUCCAACAAGUAG